GCUAUUACACUCAAUUGUACGGCAUUCACUUGAAACAAAAUCAAUUCUUCAUUUUCAAAUAAAGAAAGUGAAUCAAUUUAGGGUUCUUCUUGAUUCUUACUUUCCAAACAAAUCCCCUUGCGUAAGACAAACUCCAUCGCCACCACCACUCUUUCUUUGUGACUUUGUCUCAUGUCUCACUCAUUCCAAUCUCACAUUUUGAUCAAUUUUCUCAAAUGUGUUUGAUGUAACAUUCAAUGGAAUUUUGGAUUAUGAUUCUCCAAAAUCAACAUACAUUUCUAACAUUGUUGUUGGGUUUCUCUUUAAUCUCUCUGGUUUUCAGUGUGACUGACCCCAGUGACUUGCGAGUGCUCAAUUCAUUCAGAAAAGGCCUGCAAAAUCCACAACUCCUUCAAUGGCCAGCCAAUGACGAUGAUCCCUGUGGCUCCAAAUGGAAACAUAUUUUCUGUUCGGGUAAUCGGGUCACUCAAAUCCAGGUUCAGAGAUUAGGGCUUAAGGGUACUCUUCCUCCUGACUUCAACCACCUCUCCAAGCUCUCCAAUUUGGGUCUUCAGAAUAACGAAUUUCAUGGCAAAUUACCCACUUUUAGUGGCUUGUCAGACUUGGAAUUUGCAUACUUGGAUUUCAACAAUUUUGAUGAAAUUCCUUCUGAUUUCUUUCAAGGUCUCACUAGUGUUAGGGUUUUGGAAUUGGAUAAAAACCCUCUUAAUGCAACUACAGGCUGGUCAUUGCCGGAUGAUGUAGGAAAAUUAACACAGUUGGUUAAUUUUUCACUGACUAGUUGUAAUUUGGUGGGUACAUUGCCUGAAUUUCUUGGUUCAUUGUCUUCCCUAACUGCAUUGAGGCUUUCAGGUAAUAAGCUUUCUGGAAUUAUACCCAUGAGUUUCAACAAUUCCAUGUUGCAGAUACUGUGGUUGAAUGAUCAGGAAGAUGGUGGAAUGAGUGGGCCCAUUGAUAUCAUCACCUCAAUGCCUUAUCUUACCGAGGUUUGGCUUAAUGGGAAUCACUUCACUGGGACAAUCCCAGAGAGUAUUGGAAAUUUAAUCUCACUGAAAAAUCUUGAUCUGAAUAUGAAUCAGCUUGUUGGUAUGAUCCCUCAAAGCUUGGCAUUAAUGGAGUUGGAGAAGUUGGAUUUGAACAACAAUAUGUUAAUGGGUCCCAUUCCCAAAUUCAAGUCUGGUAAUGUCUCUUUUGACUCUAAUUCAUUUUGUGUAUCAACACCAGGAGUACAAUGUGCACCACAAGUGAAUGCUUUAUUAGAUUUUCUUGGUAGCAUCAAUUAUCCAACUUCUCUUGCUUCUCAAUGGUCUGGUAAUGAUCCUUGUAAAGGGUCUUGGUUAGGUGUCACUUGUAAUUCUGAUUCCAAGGUUAUUGCUCUCAAUUUGCCUAAUCGAAAUCUUACUGGUACUCUUAGUCCUUCUGUUGCUAGCUUAGAUUCGUUGAGUCAAGUUCGAUUGGCAGGAAACCAUCUCACUGGACAAAUACCUGCAAACAUUACUCAGUUGAAGUCUUUGACUACAUUAGAUGUCAGCCGAAACAAUUUUAAGCCCCCAUUGCCGAAAUUCCAUGCUGGUGUAAAAGUCCUCAUUGAUGGAAAUCCUUUUCUUGUUGCAAACCAUAGUGGCGGAUCACCUCCUCCUAUUGACAAUCCACCACCCUUUAGCAGCCCACCAAUGGUUGAAUCCCCGCCACCUACUUCAACCCCUGGCUUGCCUCGAGGAAGUGUGAGAUCACCUGCACCUGAAAGAUUGCAUUCCCCUGGUGUUGCCUUAAAGCAGAAUUCUAGUGCUUCCUUGAAAGAGAAUUCUAGACCUCAGAAACCCAAAGGACUCACCUUCAUUACUGUUGUUGCCGCUAUUGCUGCUGCUGUUGUGGUAAUUCUUCUCUUGAUUCUGUUUUACGUGUUCUGUUGUAAGAAGAACAAAGGUACUAUUGAGGCACCUUGUUCUGUUGUGGUUCAUCCAAAAGACCCGUAUGAUCCAGACAAUAUGGUUAAGGUUGCAGUCUCAAGUAACAACACUGGAAGCUUAUUUACCCAAACUGGUAGUAGUUCUGGGAGUAGCACACUAGAAAAUUCUAAUUCUCAUAUAAUAGAAUCUGGAAACUUGGUUAUAUCAGUCCAGGUUCUUCGUAAAGUGACCAAAAAUUUUGCCCCGGAAAAUCAGCUUGGUCGUGGUGGGUUUGGAGUUGUUAACAAGGGAGUACUUGAAGAUGGGACUACAAUAGCUGUUAAGAGAAUGGAGGCUGGGGUGGUUAACGGCAAACAAUUGGAUGAAUUUCAGGCUGAAAUUGCAGUCUUGUCUAAGGUAAGACAUCGACAUUUAGUGUCUCUAUUUGGUUACUCCAUAGAAGCCAAUGAAAGACUUUUGGUUUAUGAGUACAUGCCUCAUGGGGCUUUAAGCAAGCAUUUGUUUCAUUGGAAAAAACUUGAUAUGGAACCUUUGCCGUGGAAAAGGAGGCUUGUUAUUGCUUUGGAUGUUGCUAGAGGGAUGGAGUAUCUUCACACCCUAGCACAACAAAGCUUCAUACACCGUGACCUCAAAUCUUCAAAUAUUCUCUUGGAUGAUGAGUUUAGGGCCAAAGUUUCUGACUUUGGGUUGGUAAAACUUGCUCCUGAUAGAGAGAAAUCUGUUGCAACCAGACUUGCAGGAACUUUUGGGUAUCUUGCUCCUGAAUAUGCUGUGACAGGGAAAGUUUCAACUAAAAUUGAUGUGUUCAGCUUUGGGGUGGUACUAAUGGAACUAUUGACUGGGCUGAUGGCGCUUGAUGAGGAACGUUCUGAAGAGAGGAGGUAUUUAGCUGAGUGGUUUUGGAGAAUAAAAACAAGCCGAGAGACUCUAAUGGCUGCAAUAGAUCCAGCACUGGAUAUCAAAGAAGAUGCUUUCGAAUGCAUAAGCAUCAUAGCUGAUCUUGCAGGGCACUGCACUGCAAGAGAUCCAAAUCAUCGACCAGAUAUGGGACAUGCUGUAGGUGUGCUUGCUCCACUUGUCGAUAAAUGGAAGCCGUUUGCUGAAGACAUAGAAGAUUGUUCAGGCAUUGAUUACAGUCUACCACUUAGAGAAAUGUUAAAGGAUUGGAAAAGUGAAGCAGAUAAUAAUAGUAAGGGGAAUAGCUGCACAAGCAUGGAUGAUAGCAGGGGAAGUAUACCUGCUAGGCCUACUGGAUUUGCAGACUCCUUCACUUCAGCUGAUGCCCGAUAAGAGUAUUAAUCAAGAAAAUAGAAAAUCCUUUUUAUUCAUCUGGCAAAUAAGUUUCCUAGUGUUUGCUACAUUUAGAUGUCUAGAAUUUUGUGCUUUUUAUCUUGUUACUUUGGGUGAAUGAUUAAGAAAUUUGUUUUUCUUAGUGUGUACAUGAAAUCUGUUUCUGAAACCCCAUCAGAUUUUGUAGUAAAAUGUCAGUCAUAUGUGUGUAUUGUCUGUAUAAAAGAAUACUCCACCCGUUAUAAUAUUUUGGUAGUUCUUUUCUUUGGGUUUA